AUGAACACUGAUCUGGUUGAAAAUGAGCUCUCAUUUCCUUCGGCUACGAGGGUCUCUUUGAAAGUUGAUAAUCUCUCAGUUUUGGCAUCCAACCAAACAGCUCUCGUUCGCGAUGUCUGCAUGGAAAUACCCAGUGGUUCAAUUAUGGCUAUCAUCGGAGGCUCGGGGUCUGGUAAGACUACGUUGCUGAACGCUCUGGCCUCUAAAAUGCCUCGCAGCUUGAAGUGUGCUGGCUCAGUUUACUUCAUUCCAGAACAGCAGGAGAAAGGAAGCGAAAAGAUUACAACAGCAUACCUUACGCAGCAGGACAUACUGUCUCCAAGACUUACGUGCCGUGAAACAUUGCAGUACGCAUCCGAUUUGAAAUUAGAAUUAAACAAAGAAGAAAGGCAACAGCUUGUUGAAGAGUUGAUUGCAGAACUAGGCUUACGAGACUGUUCCGAAACACUUGUUGGGAGUCCACAUCGUCCAGGACUCUCUGGUGGUGAGAAACGAAGACUGAGUAUUGGCGUGCAAAUGAUAUCGAACCCAUCUUUAUUGUUUCUAGACGAACCCACCACUGGGCUAGAUGCAUAUUCAGCCUAUUUGGUGAUAAAAACUUUGAGGAAACUUAGUCAUAAAGGUGGAAGAACUUUUGUAAUGAGCAUACAUCAGCCGCGUGCUGAUAUUCUUUUCCUGCUUGACCAAGUCUGCAUAUUGUCAAAGGGGCACAAUGUCUACUGCGACGACGUUACCAAGAUGGUGAGCUACUUCGAAAAACUUGGGUACGAUGUUCCUCAUCACGUUAAUCCCGCGGACUACUUCAUCGACAUUUGUAGCGUUGAUACGAGAUCGCCGCUAUUGAUACAAAAAACAGAGGAAAGACUUCAGUCCCUCUUAGAGAACUGGAGGAACCAUCAAAAACUACUCAAAAAUUCUUCAGCUGCUGGAUCUAUUAAGGUAAAGCCAUCAAGGCCUAGAGUUUCGUUGAUUAAGCAGGUUAGGGUGUUAACAAAAAGGUCUAUAAAACUGAAUCUGAGAGAUCCAGAGACUAUGCUCGUGCUGUUACUUGAGCCCAUACUGAUUGGUAUAAUCACUGGAUGGAUUUUCUUCAAGCCAGAUAGCACUUCCCUAAAGGGCGUACGAACAAUAACGGCGGCUUUAUACUCCGCAGGAGCUCUACAAGGUUAUUUAUUUUUGUUGUUCGAAACUUAUAGGCUGUGCGAGCAAGAUAUCAAAGUCUAUGACAGAGAACGAGCUGAAGGGUGCGUGACUCCAUUGUCGUUCUUAAUUUCUCGGCGGAUAGCCAAUUUUGUUUCUGAGGACUUGGCAAUUCCAUUAAUUUUUUCCGUUAUUACCUUCUUCAUGUAUGGGCUCAGUUUGAACGCUAGAUCAUUUUUCGUUUACUUUGCGGUUGUGUUCCUUUUACACCAAACAUCUGCAUCGUUUGCUUUGCUAUCGGUGGCUAUUUCUAGGGAUUUUUCACAAUCGUCUUUGGUUGGUAAUCUUAAUUAUACUUUGCAAUCGAUGGCAUGUGGAUUCUUCGCUAAUGCCAAGACGUUACCGGUUUAUGUCAGGUGGACAAAAUACAUUACUUAUCUUUGGUAUGGCUUUGGUGCUUUGAUGUCCAAUCAGUUUACAAAUUUUGCGUGUGACGUGGAAGGCCAGAAUGGGUGCUUUGGGGACACGGUGCUGCAAACUCUAGGUUAUCCUCGUUUUUGGAGAACUACUCCCAUAAUUAUAGUCUUUUGCUGGUCUAUCGCAUUUUACUCCUGUGCUCUUCUUAUUCUACAGGUGAAAAAGGUUGACGUUAGUUUGGCCAAACAAGUGAUCACUAAAAAAGACUCUCAUAAGAAGUCUAACAAUUCUGAGACGGAUUUAGAAGCAAAUGCAUCCACGAUCUCUUCGUCUUGUGACAAUGCAAUUACGAUAGGUAUCAAAGACAUCAGUUUGACACUAAGAAAAAGGAACAUUUUGGGAAGUAUCAAACACACAGAAGGAAAAAUCGGUGAUUUGACUUCUAUCUUGAGUGAGAUCAAUGCUAUAUUUGAAGCUAAUUCACUAAACGCCAUUAUGGGCCCUUCUGGGUCAGGCAAGUCAUCUUUAUUGAACCUUCUGUCAGGAAAAGUCAAGAACACAUUCAUGACCUCAGUUGAGAUGGAAGGCUCGAUCUACUUCAAUGGAACCGAAGUUUCUAUUCCGGUCUUCAAGGAUAUUUGCUCCUUUGUACCACAAGACGAUGACCAUCUCUUGGCUCAGCUGACGGUUAGGGAAACACUCUCCUUUGCAGCUGAACUGAGGCUGCAUGAAUUAAGUGCGCCUGAGCGUGAAUUGCGCGUAGAAGAAACCAUAGCGGAACUUGGGCUGAAGCAUUGCGAGAAUACGCUGGUGGGCAAUGAAUUGGUAAAGGGAAUCAGUGGUGGUGAAAAAAGAAGAGUCUCCAUGGGAAUCCAUCUUCUAACGGAUCCAUCCAUUUUGCUGCUUGAUGAACCCACUUCAGGAUUAGACAGCUUCACGUCAUUUAAAAUCUUGGAAGUAUUAUCCAACAUUAGCAAGAAGCCGGGAAAGACCGUCAUUUUGACUAUUCACCAGCCAAGGGCAGAGCUGUUCCAGCAACUAGGGAAUAUACUAUUGUUGGCCAAAGGUGGUCGUGUGGCUUAUAACGGACCACCUUCCGCAAUGGUCGACUAUUUCGCCAAGCUUGGCUUUGUGUGCCCUCCACUGACUAACGUUGCAGAUUACUUUUUGGACAUUAUCUCUGUGAAUACCCAGAAUGAUAUAAAUAGAUUCAAUUCACGGGAGCGGGUCUCCUCUUUGCUGCUUAAUUGGACGCGGGCUAGGAAGGACCUAGACAAUGGGUUGAAUGAUUUACGUGGCGAUUCUAAGCAAAUCGAAUUUGUGGAGAAAAACUACGUGAGGAAGGACGUCCCGUUCAGAAUAGCCUACUUUGUCUGUAUCAGACGUCAAUUCAAAACAAUUACGCGAAAUAUGGGCUCGCUGAGCGCUAGACUCGCACAAGUUCCUGGUGUUGGCAUCAUCUUAGCGCUUUUCUUCGCUCCUAUUAAAAAGAAUUACGAGAGUGUCUCCAAUCGCUUGGGAAUCACUCAACAAUCCACAGCACUAUACUUCACCGGCAUGCUUACCAACUUAGCAUGCUAUCCGGGAGAGAGAAACUAUUUUUAUCAGGAAUUUGAUGAUAAUGUCUAUGGUAUUACACCAUUUCUCCUCGCUUACAUGACCCUGGAAUUACCAAUGGCUGCAUUUGCGGCCUCCAUGUACGCCAUUUUCACAGUGUUAGUAAGCGGGCUAAACCGUUCUGCAGGGAACUUCUUCGUCACCAUGUACUGUAGCAUGAUAAUAUCGACCUGUGGAGAAGCACUUGGCAUCAUCACAAACACACUUUUCACAACCCCAGGCUUUGUGGUGAACAUUGUAUCGAUUGUUCUGACCAUAGGUUGUGUAAUGUCAGGUCUCAUGUCUCUGCAGAUGUCACGAGUCUUACAGGGAUUCAACUACUUAAGUCCGUUGAAUUAUACCGCCAUGAUUAUGAUAAAUUAUGCCUUCCCUGAUAGCUUACAUUUAACGUGCUCGGAUGGAGGAAGGAACGCAGAUGGAUCGUGUAUUUUUUCAUCUGGAGCGGAGGUGCUGGAAAGUUACGGCUUAAAACGCAACACAAGAAACUACCUCGGAAUAAUUAUCUGUGUUUGGUUCAUUUACAGGUUUCUGGCUUUUCUAAUCUUGAAAGCUAAACUUGAAUGGAUUAAGUGGUAA